UUCCAAGUACACCUUGAAGCUGUGUCCUGUCACCAUCUGGGAAGAUGUGUUCCAGAGGUCUUCUGCUGAGCGUCACCCUCCUGGGUCUCAUUGCUGGAGGCCUAUCACAAUUAAUCUUCGUUCCAUCUGAUCCCGUGCCAUCUGGGUCAUGCCCUUCUCCAUCCAGCACUGUACCCCCAAACCCCAAAUGUGACUACAUAAUGAUCGUACCAUUCAAACUGACCAGCGGAUCCCAAGGCACAGUCUGCACAUGGCUGAAGUGUGAAGUGCCCGUCACUGUCACGGUUGACCUGCAAUAUUUUUCUGAAAAGUUGCCCAUUGUCAGCAAACUCGUGACUUCUGAACAUUAUGACUGCACUGAAUUCACCGUGCCAGCAAUUGGUGAAGAGACAAGCGUUUUUUUCACUUUUUCAGCUACUGGUGACAAUUUUAGUGUGGCGGAUCGAAAGGCUGCCGUGAUUGAUGUCUCGCAUUCAGCCUGCUUACCUCAGAAAAACAAACCGCUAUACAAGCAAAGUGAAACAAUAAAAAUAAGGAUGCCAUGUUACGAUGAAAACCUGAAGCAAGUUGUAAAAAAUUUCACAAAAGUUACACUUGUGGACCCAAAUGGAGCGCGCGUGAACCAAAUUCUGAAUCCCACGUUAGACCAUGGUGUGGUGACAGUGGACUUCCUAACAUCUGAGCGCUCACGGCUCGGGUAUUGGAGUAUACAGUUUGAAGAUGAUAAGGGAGCAAUUGAGUACACAUCUGCAGAGCUUCAGAGAUACGAGCUACCAAGAUUUGAUUGGAAAGCCACUUGUCCCAGCACCAUCUCUGUUUUGGACGAAACGGCUGAAAUUACUGGAAAUGCACAGUACAUAUAUGGGGAGCCUGUACCAGGCACUGUCGUAGUCCGGUGCUGCAGAACUGUACCUAAAUAUGGAAACGAAGCCAACUGCUUUCGGGGUAUUAAUGACAUCUGCCAAGAGUUUACAAGAGAGCUGGAUGAGAACGGCACGUUCAGUGAAUCCCUAGACCUGGAUCAAUUUAAAUUACCAUUUUCAGGACUUUUAAAUUAUCUCACGUGUGACAUUACAAUGAAAGAAAACGGGACAGGCGUUCUGGUUCCUACUUCCUGCUACAUGUCGAUCACAAACAGGCUUGCCAUCCUCCAGCUGGAUCGUGGAAGCAUAGGCUCAUACUACAAUAAAGUCCACUUACCAUUUGCUGCAACAUUAACAGAUGAGAAAGGCAAGCCAUUGGCCUCUAGAGCAAUUAAAGUGCGGAUUGAUGGAGCAGAUGUCAAAUGUCUAACAACGGACGCUAAUGGAAGAGUUGAGACUGUGAUCGACACAUCUUCAUACUACAAGGCCAACAUCACCCUUUCUGCUGUUUAUGAGGAUAAUGACCUCUGCUAUGGCCGGGAUGAAUAUAGCAGUUACUACAUCAAUAAUGCUAGAAGUAACCCCUAUGAUGAGAUAACGCUCUAUCGUUCUUUCUCGAAGUCACAGAGCCAUAUACGUAUAAGACCUCUAUGGGAUCAGUUGUCCUGCAAUAUGCGUUACAGCAUGCAAGUGGAUUACUUAUUUACAGAAGAAGGAGUUGGGAAAGGUGCAACUACCACCAGCAUCAAAUACAUUUUUCUGUCAAAUAACAAAAUUGUGGCAAAUGGUGAAAUCACUGUUGACCUAUCAGGAAGUUAUAAAGGGUCAGCUUCAAUAGAAUUUACUGUUAAUAGUACAUUUGCAACAAGAGCUACGUUACUUGCCUUUGUGCCCUUGAUGGAGGAAGUGAUCUCAGACACUGCAUCUGUGAACAUUGUCGCCUGCUUCGAGAAUGAGGUGAAUAUGGAGUUCACAGAGAAGGUUGUGGCCCCAGGCGCUACGGUUAUUAGAAAAAUAACAGCUGCACCAGGGUCCUUCUGUGGAUUAAGAGCAAGAGACGCCUCCUUCAGUUUGAUCAACUCAUAUGAUGAAUUGAACCCUAAUAAUGUAUACAACAGGGUGGUGUCUUAUAUUUUUGGUUUACAAUAUAAAGACAUUAAUUAUGCGGAUCCAGAACCUCCAUGUAUAGAUGAAAAUACAGAACUAUUCUGCAACGGGGUGUACACUAAGCCAACCAGCAGCAGAACAGAUAGGGAAGCCUAUCAAGACUUUGUGGGCCUCAGUAUUCAGUUGGCUUCAAGUCUUGGCUCAAGAAGACCUAAAGUCUGUGGGUUGGAAAAUGAACCUAACAUUCCAAUAUUUAAGUCAUUUGCAUUUGGUGAUGGAGCUGGUUUUGGUGGGGGGAGCGGCGCCGGCGGUGGCGGGGCUUUGCCAAAAUCCCGUGACACCAUUCGCAGUGACUUUAGGGAUUCCUUUGGAGAUGAAACAGUCAUUAUUGGUCCAGACGGCGAGGCAACAGUCAGUUCGAUAAUCCCGCAAAGCGUCACCAACUGGGAGAGUGACGGAUUCUGCAUUUCAGCGAACGAAGGUCUAGGCUUGACCAUUGAGCUGGCAAAGACCACCACAAUACAGCCAUUCUUUGUGGAGUCUUCCAUCCCAUCAUAUGUCAUUAGAGGAGAAGAGGUGAUCGCCAGUAUUGUGGUCUCCAACUACCUGAAUAAAAGUGCACAGGUUGAAAUAGAAGUGGAUGGUUCUGAGAAUUAUCAGGUGACCCCUCUGGAUGACAAGUUACAGCAAUGUGUCGGCAGCCAACAGAAAGUCUUCUGGACAGUAGCAAUCACAUUUAUAAAAACGGGCAAAUUAAACAUCGGAAUUACAGCAAGAACAAUGAAGAUCUCUGAUACAUGUGAUGGAGCCAACGAUGACAGCCAGCCAUCUUACUCAGACAAAAUCAUACUGAAAGUCAAUUCAGAGCCUGAAGGUAUUAAACGAGAGGAAUCUUCCAGUCACCUGGUCACUGUCUCAGAUUCAACAAUUGAAGUAGAAGUCAGUGUAGACGAGCCAGUCGACUUGGUGCCAGAUUCCUUUGUAUUAACUGUGAAUGUCAUGGGUGACCCUGUAGCCUUGGCAGCAGAAAACUAUGACAACUUGCUGUCCACUCCCUCCGGUUGCUGUGACCAGUUGCAGGGUAGCGUGAUACCCCUUAUCUUCCUAUCAGAAUAUCUGAAGGACAUCGGAGAGCUAAGUGAUGACCGAUCAAAGAAAAUGCUGGCUAAACUGUCAACAGGCUAUAUGGAUAUGAUUACAUGUCAACAAUAUGACGGAGGCUUCAGUCGGUAUCCUAGCACCUAUGAAAUAAGCUCUUGGGGAACCAUGUUAAGUCUUCGCACAAUUUUCUACCUGGACAAUUAUAUUUAUAUUGAUAAGCAGAUCUCAACCCAAACCCUCAUAUAUAUAAGCAGAACACAAGACUUGGAAAGUGGCUGUCUUAACCCCGUAGGGUAUUGGUCCAUCUACCAGGAGAAUGUUAAUGCCACCAUCCAGUACAAUGCCCUGGCGGCAUCUAUACUACAGGAAAUUUCUCUAAAAUAUAGUGUUGCAGGACCGCUGUUAGACGGUGUAAAAAGGUGUCUUAAUAAUGCAGAUUUUACAAGCCAGAAUACUUUGACCCAAUCUUACAUGUUAAUUGCUGCGGCUGCAGUUGAAGACUGGGACAUGUGGCAGACCUACUAUGAUGCCCUGGAUUCCAAGUCCACCAGCAAUGGUGACACACUUUAUUGGAGGAAUGACAACGAAGCAAAGUUAGUAUUAUAUCAGUAUUUCCCAACAUCGAGUGAUGGAGACGUCUUGAUCACAUCAAGCAUACUGAUAGGCAUGACGAAACACCCAAACCCCAGUCAAGAUCUUUUAAACAAAAUGGGCAGUGCAGCAAAAUGGCUGUCUGGUCGAAUGACCCGAUAUGGAGGUUUUUACGCUUCACAGCUUACAUCAUCGGCAACUGAAGCUCUGACACUCUUUGGACGAAAAAUUAAUAGCAACGAGACCAAUGUUGUGGUUUCUUUACGUCAAAAUGACACAGAGGUUUUCAAUGUGGCGAUUAACAAACAAAAUAGAUUUCUAAUCCGGAGUCAAGAAAUCUCUUUCCCUUUUGCGAAUUAUAAAUUCAUCGUCACCGGAACAGGCAGCCCUUUUGUUCAGCUUUCGACUACCUACAACACAAAGAUUGCUAAAGGAGAAGAUUCUGCUUUUGAAAUGACAGCCCAGGCAACAGCAUUGGAUUGCUUCAGUGGGGUAGCAAGAAAACUCGAUGUUACAGUUUCUAUCAGAUACACAGGAGAUAGAGAUGAGAGUGGCGAUACUAUUGUGUCUGUUGACAUACUGACUGGAUAUAGGGCUGACUUCAGUUCAAUAAGCCAGAUACCAAGCAUCAAGGAUUAUAGAAUGGAUGGCAACAAAGUACACUUGUAUUUAAGCUCAGUCAAUGGCACAGCAACCGAGUUCACUUUGGCAACAUAUUUGCAGAACAGGGUCUCGAUCUUCCAGACAGCCUCUGUUGUAGCACAAGAAAUAGUAACAGGGGAGACUGGAGGUGCAAGAUAUACGUAUCCAUGCAACAGCCUGUAAAAUAGGUUUGUAUUUUAUUAGGACAAAUAACUGUGGUGGCACAAAAAAAAAGAGGAAAACAAGUCCACAAUCUAGAAUCCAAGGAGUAAGACAACUAGAAGAAGAUAUUCAUAGAUUUUGGAUGCAACUGAAAAUGGCAUGACUCUUUACUUCAACAAAGUGGGCAACAUCAGACUGUGUGGUCUACACUUAAAGCAUUGAUAACUAAAACAUUAAUAUUUCAUAGAUGAUUGUCAAGAUUUUCAAUUAAAACUGCAACAUUCAGCUCUUAAA